GCAUAGCAUGAACAUAAGAUGAGAAUCACAUGAGAUCCACUGACCAAUGAUCAUACCCGUACCCAUCGCUAUAUAAAUUCUUCUAUUCAUCUUUUUGAUUUCACCACUCUGGCCUUUGCCACUGCAACGGUAGACUUCAAACACAACAAACCCUCCCUCCAAUUCCUCAUGCGAAUUUGAAAUUGAACGUUAACGACAUGACUUGUUCUUGCUUUUCGAAUUCAAAAUCGAUAGACUCUUCUCACCACUCCCUUGACCACGUUCCCUUGUCACAACGCCUAAAAUUGCUGCAUCCUCCAAUUCUCCAAAACGACACUCGCAUACCGCUCACUCUCCAAUUCGAUGCUGUUGUGAAAAAGGAACACGAGGGUUGCGAUUCUCAGUUAGUGUGUCCCACAUUUGAAACUGAUGCUUGUGGAGUAGAGAAAACCAGUGCUAAUGUCAUUUUAGCUCGAUGUCCCACACUUUCUGCUUUUGAUGGUCGUGCCACUAUAAAGGUCGAAGAUUAUGAGAUUCCUUCGAGUUCUGUUGACAAGGGUAAAGAAGCAUCUAUUCAAUUAGAUUUUCCUAUCCCAAAGGUGAAAAAGGAGAUUCCUGAAGGCAUUGUUGAUGAUCUAGAUCAUAUUGUAUUGAAAGAACGGCUAAGGAUGCUGCUAGCUAGGAAGCUUCCAGGAUUGUCAAAUGCAUCUUUAGAGGGUGGUAAUGCAGGCUUGUUGGAAACCAUCACGGAGCAAACUGUUAAAAAAGUAAAUGAAGAGAUUAAUUUUGCUGAUGGGAAAGCAGCAGAGGCCAGAGACCAGGUUUAUGACAACCCAGAAGGAAGUAAUAUUUCACUAUCACUCGGGGCUACAUGUGGAUCAUCUUUAUUAACUGAUUAUGCCACAUCUAAAUCAACAGGAUCAGUAAUUUCAUCUGGCCUUCUAGAAGACGACCAUUUAUUAAAAUCCAGAGGAAUAGUCGAGCAAUUUGAUUCACAUGAAGAACAUAAUGUUAUAAAUAAUGAUGGCCCAAUUAGUUCAACUUCUCCAACCUUUAUCAAAGUCAAGGAUGAACCUUGGGAUAUUGGUGAAAACUACAAUGUUACCAAGGAUGCUAUGGGUAGCAUUUCUUUCAAACUCUCAAAUGUAAAAAGUGAAAGGGAAGUCCAUAAUGAAUAUCAUGAUGACCAAGCAGAACAUAUGAACUUAAUUGAUCGACUAAAUUUUCUCAUGGCUGGAGCGGAUUCUAGUUUAAAUAUUUCUACAAGUUACUCUUUGAAGACUCAGCCUUCUUCCUCUAUGUCAAGCCCUAUUUUUUCAAAAUCUGCUGAACCUUCAAGCAUCAAAUCUAGGCGCAAAAGAAAAAAAACAGCCACUGAUUCAGUUCAAGAAGCACUUGAGGAGGAUGCUCCUGGGCUCCUGCAGGUAUUGCUAGACAAAGGUGUAUUAGUUGAUGAAAUUAAACUUUAUGGAGAGAAAGAAGAUGAUGAAGCUCUGGAUGAAUCAUUUUGUGAAGAUAGCUUUUCGAAGCUUGAGGCUUUGAUAACCAAGAUUUUCCCUCAACGGUACUCUUUUUUAAAAUUACCUAAUACUCGUGCCUCAAAGGCUUCAAGAGCGAGUUAUUGGUUAGCUUGUCUAAUCUCACUUGUUGAGCAGACACGAUAUUUAAAAUUUCGAAAGUGGCCUGUUGAGUGGGGUUGGUGCCGAGACCUUCAAUCAUUUAUUUUUGUUUUUGAGAGACAUAACAGGAUAGUGCUGGAGCGCCCUGAAUAUGGUUAUGCAACCUACUUCUUUGAACUGGUAGAAUCCUUACCUGUUGAAUGGCAGCUCAAGCGGUUGGUGAUUGCUAUGAAACUGACUACCUGUAGCAGGAUUUCCAUUAUUGAGAAUAAAGAAUUGGUGGUUGGAGAAGAUUUGAGUGAAGGUGAAGCCAAGGUGCUAAUGGAAUAUGGUUGGACACCUAAUACUGGCCUGGGAACUAUGCUUAACUACUGUGGCAGAGUUGUGCAUGACAGGAAAAGUGAGGACAAUUCUUCAGAAUGGCGAUCUAAAAUAGGGAAAUUGCUGAUGGAUGGUUAUAAUGGUGGAACCAUAGUGAUGCCUACUGUCCCAAAAAAAGUUGCAGAAUACAUGUGUUCUCAAAGCCCUGACAGUGACAUAAGCUGUAGUAGUCCCAUGUCUGAUUAGAGGUUAGCUUGUGCAGAAAGUGUUUCCAUAUGUAUACCUUGUAUAUUUAUUGGUAACUGUCUUUUAGACCAUGACCUAGCAAUUAUAGAGUAGUUCAACAUGAAAACUUUCAACAUUUGUUCCGAGCUACAAUACAUCCUUUACAGGAAUGUAUGGUGGAGCAUCAAAUAGUUACUUCAAACCGUGCUUUAGCUUUACCACUGUAAAGAAGUUCGGAUUUUAAUAUUCAGGCAAACGACAAAUUCUGCCUUCAAAGUAGAUACAUAACCAUGUUAUAGCAUUAGCGAAGUGAUUAACUUGUGUUUUCAUUUCUCUAUGUUAAUCUCUUUUUUCUCA